AUGCCUGGGCCAUGGUUUGCUCCGCGUGAUGACCCUGAAGCCUGGAGAGCUGCUCACGUUGACAAGGGCAGCCUCCUUGAGGUGAGGGUCUGCGACCAAGACGGCCUUCCACAGGGCACUGCUCUUCUGGAAGUGGGGGAGAAGUUCCCUAUGACCCGCACAGGGCAAUGGCUGGCUGGUUCGGUGGUAGCCGUCUCUGAUGAGUACCUCCAGUGGUGGUUGGAUGAUGGCCCCGGUGCAGUCAGUAACCGCUACUUCGGAUUCCAUCUUUGUGCCAAGCAAUGCAGUGCCUGCAAGGCCAGCAAGGAGGACGCAGCCCUGGAGUUCCACGUGGAACUGGUGCGUGAGCUCGCUGUCGGUGACCUCACCCACUGCAGGCCAACGUGGAUGGAGAGCGGGGCCGCCGCUCGAGAUCUUCAGUGGUUGUUGGACAAGCUCUCUGCGGAGAAGACAGGUCCUCAGGCAAAGGAGGGUGAGCCUUCACCAGAUGUAGCCCCACCUCCGGGCGAGAUGCCGCCGGCUUGGGGUCAAGCUUCUCUGGGCGGUGAGCCCCCAAAAGGCUUGGCUGCAGAGCUCAAGCAGCUUGCAGAUGACCUUCGGGAUGGGCCUAGCAAGGCCGGAAAGAAAGGCAAACGUCGCAAGAAAGCGGCAGAGGAUGAGAGGUCCGGCCGUGGCCGUGUUGUUGGGGGCGAGAAGCCCACUCCAGCUGAGAAGGCGUUGGAAAAGAAGCGCCAGCGUUGGCUUGGCAAAGGCGAGGCAGCCUCUGUCUCCUCGGCUUCUUCCCCUUCUGAGGAGCCUCGGGUGAUACUGCCUGCGGGCAAGGAUGAGAACAAGAAAAAGAAGAAGAAGAAGAAGUCAAAGAAGAGAAGGACACUCGAUCUGAUCGUGGAAGGCGCCGACAGACAGGCGGCCGACUUGGUAGCCCAGCGGAUCAAGGAAGGGGCAAACCUUCUGGAAUCUGCCGAGUCUCUGGCUGCGGCCAAGCAAGUGACUCUGGAAGCAAAAGUGCGGGACGCAACGCUGAAGUAUGGAGUCCCUCGCCAGAGGAAGCUCCCAUGUGUAGGGCCGGAAGCAAAGCCUUUGCUGAGUGCCCUUUUGCACGGCCUCAAUUUCCACUACUGCUGCGGCUGGACCAAAACCAUCUGCUGGCCUCCGCCAGAGAAGGUGACUAAUCGCCAGCUGGUGGCAGUUGCUGCUCUGCGGAAGUCGGUGGGCUUGCCCUCUGAGGAGGAGUCUGUAGGAGGUUUGAAGGAGGCCGAGGACAUACUCACCAGCAAGACGUUUGACUAUGAUGGCUUGGAGGUGCAGAGGGUGAGCACGCUCAGUGCGCCGCUCAUCAUUGAAGCCUGGCCUGCUGUGGGAGAGGCAGCAGUAGCAAACAUCGAGGAGUUUUUGGAGGGCGAUGCUCUGGAUGCAGUCAGAUGUCCUCAGCGCUUCUUCAAAAAGGGGAACGACCAGCCUCCUCGCUCGAAGAAGGCAAAGGUGUUGGCCUCGCAGGAGGAUUGGAACACUGUGGUCAGCGCCGCAUUUGGACACCUCAUAGUAAAUGGAGCUGGGGCAGUGAAGAAGCUGAAGAUGAAAGACGGGGUUGAGUGUGAAGUCCAGCGCUUCAUCAGCAACUUCAUCCCGAUCAAUGUGAAGGAAAUCCCUCAACAGGGCGGGGCCAUGCUUUACCUGGACUCCUUUGACGAGAUUCGGGUGAUUGACAAAGCUUGUUCGGAAAUUUUGGAGGGGACCGCAAGUGAGCAUCACAGUGCCUUCAAGGCGGCAUGUGCGGAGAGCGGCCUUCCCCUGAAUGCCGGCAAAGCCUUGGUGGGCGCCGUGCAUGGUGGUAUCCAGGGCGGUUACUUGGACGGGCAGAAGGGCACCAUCGGGGCUGGAGCAGAUCGCUCUCGCAAACUGGUGCUGGCUUCUCUGGGCUUGCUUAUGAAAGCUGCUUGGUCCGAACAGGACUUGCGGAGAUGGGUUGGGUUGGCGACUUUUGUAGCUGUGUUCAGAAGGCCUCUCUUCUCCAUCUUCCAAGAGGUGUUCCCUCUCAUUGAGCUUGCUCGCCACGGGCCUGUGGAGCCCAGCCCGCAGGUCAUUGAUGAGGUGAUCUCCUUUGUGCUGCUGCUGCCCCUGGCCUUCACAUCUUUGCGGGCGCAUGUGCACCCAGAAAUGUCCUGCACAGAUGCUUCGCUGUCAGGCGGCGGAGCUGCUGUGGCCAAGGAAGCGAAGCUCCCCCCCUUGGCGCCUGAGGUCAUUGUGGAUGAUGAGACAUGCUCCCACUGCGGUGGAGAUUGGCUUUGGGCAAAUGGGUAUCAAGGUUACCCUUGCCCUGCAAGUUGCGGCCGUAGCUUCUGCUCCAUCUGGUGCGUGGAGGGGCACAGGAAGCUGAGUUGCCGGCGCAAGAACCUUCUAGUGCCGACCUUUGCAGAAUUCUUCGCUGGCCCGGAGUACCCUCUCACAAACGCGGUUGCCAUGAACAAAGUUGCGGUCAAGCUACCCUUCGACCGGGAGGUCAACUCGAACGAUGACUUUUGGACGCCUUCCGGGAAGGAGCGUUUGGAAAGCAUGGACCUGGACCCUCUGGUUGUGGCCAAGCAUUGGGGUCCUGAACGUCCUCUCUUCGUCAGGGAGAGAGGCCGCCAAGUGCAACUUGUGGAUGGCCGGUGGGUGAAUGGGCCGCCGGCUGUUCGCGACAUGAAGCAUUUGGAUGGAUUCCCAUGGCUGCCCAACAAGGUCGCCUUCGAAGUGAGAAGGGCAAAUCAAGUGGCCAGGCGUUCGCUCAGGUCGUUGGCCAACGCCCCGGCUGAGCACACCUUGUGCUCAGUGGAGCACCCUUGGUACUCCUACUUGUGGUACUUUCCGGAAGCUGUGGCCUUGGCUAAUCGACCGGAGAUCUUCACUACGCGCUUCUCGGCCUGCUGCUUCGGAGGUCAGAAUGUCCAUUGGAUUUGCCUGUUGCACAAUUCACCCCGCCUUCAUCACGCUCUUCACAAACCUGAGUGCCAUGGACACCGAGGGCUUCGCGAAUAUGAUGCUUGGGUAGAUGCCCAAGGUCAUGUUCAGGUGGCGUCAAUCCAAGCAGCUGGGAGCUCGGCUCAGUUCUGCGCAGCCUUUGCAGAAGCUUUGGUUGCCGAGUUGGCGGACCGGGCGCCCCUUGUGCCGGGCAAGCUGGAUGACAAAUCCCUCAGGUGGCAACUAAUGGUGCAGCUGCGUGGGGCCUGCAAUUCUCUCCGCUCCCCGGCCGCGGCCGAGCAAGCAGUGUCAGCCAUUUUGCCCCUUGCUGAGGAACUCUUGCUUUCCCCUUCUGAUCAUUUGAAGCGGCUUCUCAGCAGGGGGCACUACAGGGGCACUGAGGUUCGUCUCCAGGCGCCGGAUGACGACAGCACAUUGAGGACUGUACCCUACCCUGCGCAUUUGUGGAGGUGGCGUACUACCUUAUCGUUUGCCUGGUCCCACGAAGACCACAUCAACACCUUGGAGAUGGCGGCUGCGCUGGCUGAGAUCAGGCGCCGCGCGCGGCAGACUGAGUCACAGGGCUGCCGCUUCUUUUUGGUGUUGGACUCGCAAGUGGUGUAUCAUGUGCUCGCAAAGGGCAGAUCAAGCAGCAAGCGGCUCAACAGGCUGGCAAGAAGGGUCAUGGCAGUUCAGCUCAUGUGUGGGAUGCAACCCCUGGUCCUCUGGACCAUUUCGGGGUGGAACUUCGCAGAUGCACCAUCCAGGGCUCAUGGCGCCUAG